AAAACUAGUCCGCUUCGGGAAGACAUCUUUUUGCGGGCCGGCGAGGGCGAUCGGUGCCGUCCGACACACUUUCGGAAACGGCGUCACCGAUGUCGACGACUCGGUGCCAGCUAAAGCGGCUUUUUGGAGACGGAGAAGUAGUUUUGUCGGGCCUUCGUGUAGCUCUGCGGCGGAGUGAUAUGAGCUGUGCGCAGGCUGAGCUGAAUGAGAUUGAACAAGAGUUCUUGUUUUGUAGCUUCAGUUUGUGUCUUUUCUCACGAAUUUGCCCAAACUACGUCCAAAAUUGAGCAACUAAGUCAAGGUGCCGGGGAAGGAGCGAGUGGGACUCUUUGUGGGCUCUUGUUCCAUCGUGGAUCGGCUAGUUGGAGAUAUAUAUUGAAUUAAUCUGGAGGAGGACUGCUGCUGAGGCAGGGAGGGCAGAGGGGGCGGAGUCCAGUCCCACAGCCGGGUGCAGCACGUUCAUGCUUCAGUUGGAUGCUUUUCCCACCGGAGACGGCGUUCAGGCUGAUCCAUCAGCUGAAAGACUGACUGCGUCAAUGAUGGAAUUACAGACGUUGCAGGAGGCUUUGAAGGUGGAGAUCCAGAUCCAUCAGAAACUGGUGGCCCAGAUGAAGCAGGACCCUCAGAACGCAGAUCUGAAGAAGCAACUUCAUGAACUCCAAGCAAAGAUCACCUCACUGAGCGAGAAGCAGAAAAAGGUGGUCGAGCAGCUGAGGAAAGAGCUGCUGGUCAAGCAAGAACCAGAAUCCAAAGUGCAGCUGCAGGUCCACGCGCCUCCUGUGGGGGGCGAUGUCAACAAGCCCAGCAACCUGAUGCAGAGCCAGCAGAUUCCUGCGGGGCUGCAGCAGACGCUGACAGUGACGCCGGUCCUCACCACCAAGACGCUACCACUGGUGCUGAAAGCCGCGGCCACGCCCUCCCUGCCCGGCUCCAUCCUGCCGCAACGCCCGGCCACUGUCACCAUGGUGACCACCGCCAUCUCCAAACCCGACGCGCACAACGCCCCCAUCAACCUGCAGGUGGCGGGCAAGCUCAGCGCUCACAGUUUGGAGCCGCUGAGGCUCGUUUCCAAGAACGCCAUGCUGCAGGUCAGACCAAAGCCCGCCUCGCCCGCCAACAUCCCCAUCGCCCCCGCGCCCCCCCCGCCCAUGAUGGCGGCGCCGCAACUGCUGCAGAGGCCCGUCAUGUUGGCCACCAAGCUGUCGCCUUCGCUUUCGUCGGCCGCGCCCAUUCACCAGCUGCGCAUCGUCAACGGGCAGCCCUGCGUCAAGACGGGCGCCGCCCCUUUGACCGGCAUCGUCAUCGCCACGCCCACCACGGCCGCCUGCCUCGCCAGCCCCGCCCGUGCGCCCGACCCCGCCUCCGUCGCCCCCGCCCCCAUUCCCGCCCAGCCUCUCCAGAUCAGCGGCGUGACCGCCGAGCCCAAGCAGACUGUUAAAUCAGGAGGCGGAGCCGAGCACAAGCCGGUCGGCGCGCUCCCCUCUUCGUCGACUCCGCCCUUGUCUCCGCCCCCCAGGCCCAAGAAGGAGGAGAGUCCAGAGAAACUGGCCUUUAUGGUGUCCUUGGGUCUGGUAACGCACGACCACUUGGAAGAGAUUCAGAGCAAACGGCAGGAGAGGAAGAGGAGAACGACGGCCAACCCCGUCUACAGCGGCGCCGUGUUUGAGCCGGAGAGGAAAAAGAGCGCCGUGAGUUACCUGAACAGCCCCCUGCACCUGGGGACCCGGAAGAGAGCCAACGACGACUCCCUUUCCAAGGUAUGUCACGCAGACUGUUGUUGUUCUUCCCCCCUCUCCAUCUUUUUUUUUUUUUUUUUUUUUUUUUUUCCGUCUUUGUCGUCUGUCUCAUUCCACCCAGGUCGCCCACCCAAAUACGGCGGCGUCCCGGAGCUGGGCUGCCUCACCCCGACCUCCCCCUCCAGCCCCGCCCGCCCCCUCCCCCUGCCCAGCCCCAGCUCUGGGGAUGGAGACAUCCAUGAGGACUUCUGCACUGUGUGCAGACGCAGUGGCCAGUUGCUCAUGUGCGACACGUGUUCUCGUGUCUAUCACCUGGACUGCCUGGAACCGCCCCUGAAAAGCAUUCCUAAAGGCAUGUGGAUCUGUCCCAAAUGCCAAGAUCAGAUCCUCAAGAAAGAAGAAGCCAUUCCGUGGCCCGGAACGCUGGCCAUCGUCCACUCCUACAUCGCCUACAAAGAAGCGAAAGAAGAAGAGAAGCAGAAGCUCAUCAAGUGGAGUGCGGAACUGCGGCUGGAGCGUGAGCAGCUGGAGCAACGAGUCAAGCAGCUCAGCAACUCCAUCACGUGCAUGGAGACCAAGAACGGCAUCCUGGCUCGCCAGAAGGAGAUGCAGCUGUCCCUGGACAAAGUCAAACAUCUGGUCCGCCUCAUCCAGGCCUUCAACUUCAACCCGGCGACUUGCGACCCCGAUGGCAGGGACGUACGAGUCCGAGAUGCGGCGGUGCCGCCGGAAGCCGAGGCGGCCUCGCCUCACGUUGAGCCGACACCGCCCGAGGUCGAGGCCGGCGAUGCGGCCGAGAGCGACAAAGCCGAGGAGCGGGCGCCAGAGAGGAGCGAGACCACCUGCGGGGACGCCGACCGUCGCGACGACGUCACGCGUGGAGCGGAUGAUCGAGGAGGCGCUCAGACGGAACCUGCCGUGUGGGCGGAGGGCACGGCGGAGGGCGAGACUGUCGCGCCUGCGCAGGUGGACGCGGCGACUUCCUCGGAGGCGCCGACGCAGGCCACCGCCAACGGUACGGGUGAGCCGCCGCUGCCGCUGCCGCCGCCGCCGCUCACCCCCUCCGCGGCGGACGUCCCCGCCGCCGACUCUGAGAACAAAAUGUCCAUCACCGGCCCUUCGGAGACGGCCACGCGGGACAAACGGGACAUCAACGACAGCAACAGCAAAACCUCAGAACCCUCCCAGCAUUGUGUGCCAGCAGAGUGAGUGUGUCGCUUUCACGUGGAAUGCGAUACCCCGGGGGGGGUGGGGUUGGGGGGGGGGCGGAAAAAAAAAAAGUUGCCAAUGUGUGUAAAUGUCGUUUGUUUGCGUCGUAUAUCGUCAGCCUGUGUCGAUGGUAGAUAGCGGCCUGGUCGUGCGCUCGCGGCCACUUAGCCAUAGACGUUGUCAUGGGAACGCUCGAAAGGAGACUGAAUCCAUCACACCAGAGUGUGCCUGUCCCGACGGUCUGGGGUGGGGGGGGGGGGUGCGGAGUGGCGGACGGGGGGGGCCACAUGCCUCGGGAGAGCGGUCGGUGAAGCCCCGCCCCCCUCGUCCGUCCGAUCCUGCUCAAGGUCAGCGACCUUCAAACAAAGAAGUGCUCCAAGCGGACUCGGAGUGUGACAUCAUCAUCAUCGUGGUCGCGAUCCAACAUGGCUGCCCGGAGCUUCACCCCAAGAGCGCCGCCCACUUAACUUUCUGACCCCGUCCGUCACUUCUUUGUUUGAAGACUCCCGGCCCCCACUCCCCCCCCCCCCCCCCCGCCCCCCACCUGUUCUAGAGACCGUAGCCCCCGUCCUCCCACGAAGGCGGGUGUGGAGGAGGCGGACCCACAGAGCGGUGUUGUUGUCGUGAGUCGUCAUUGGUGUGUCCGUGUGAUGUGCUUUUGUUUUGUUUUUUUUUUCUAGGACAAACGUGUUCACGUCUUCCUGGUGUUUGGGAAUUAAGUGCUUUUUGUGUUUUGCUCCGCCCCCCACCGCCACCCAUCUUCAACUGCCAAAACGCAUCAAAUGCGCCGGGAGGGGGGGGGGCGGAGCUAAAGCUUCCGCUUAACGGCGACGGGGGAAAAAAAAAAAGAAGAAAAAAAAAGCACAAGUUGGUUUCUUCUUCUGGUUCUGUGAUUGCCACCUGACUCCUCCCACUUUGGAGGAAGCACAAGAAGAGCCUGCAGGGGGCGCCGCUCACUUCCCGCUUCAUCAUCCAUGGUGCCUCUUUUGUUUGCGUUUUUUUAAUUUUUUUUGUCCACUUUUGAGGUCUCAUGACUCGUGUCAGCCAAUUAGCAUAUCUCAGUCCCCCCCCCCGACCCCCCCCACUCCCCAGUAGGUACCUCGAGUGCCUUCUUCGAUUUGUCUUGACUUGCACUGUGACGCGUGGACCCGCCCAUUCACCUCAUUGGCCGCUCAGUGUUUUACUGCCUUAAAUGUUUUUUUUUUUUUUUUUUUUUUUUUUUUUACCUGAUCAACUCGCUCAUUGAGGGGUCAAAGGUUGCCAAGUCUGCCGGGUUGUCCUGACGACAAAGCCCAGGCGGUGAUGCACUUUUUCACUUGAGCAGUAUUAUAACAAAAAAAAAAAAAAAAAUGUGACCCCCACCCCCCUUACCCCCCUCCCCCAUCAAUGCAUGCCUUCUUAUGCAAAUUUUAUACACAAGUUAAUGAUGCAUUCCUUGUUUUAUUGUUUCGUUCAUUUUGCUUUGGGGGGUUGGUUUGGGAAUGGGCGGAGCCAGUGGGAGCUGUCGUCUGAGUGGGCGGAGCAAAAAAAAAAAGGCCCAUUCAUCCAAAGAACGCAGAUGAAACCUGCUCACGGGAGGGGAAUGCGGCAUUGCUCAGAGUCCAAAGUGUCCGUUUGCCAGCGUCUCGUCAUGACAGUGGCCUUCGAGUGUUGUCCUCACGUGACCCUGUGACCCCCACACCUAACUUUUUUUUUUUAAAUCCAUGUGCUCAGACGCAUUGUAGCGCUCCAAAUAAAGAACAAGUGUACAUCGGGAAUCUUUGUAUAAUUGUUUGUAUUUUUUCAUAAUUUUGGAAAGGAAUGUGUUUUAUUUUUUUGGACUUGUGUUCCACACGUGUCUUCUGUUGGCCAUGUUGGUGGGAUUCUUACCUCUGUAUUGAGCCUCCUCUUCUUGUGAUGAUAAUGAUGAUGAUGAUGAUGAUGCAGUGUUUCACUUAAAAUACUGUUGCUAGGUUACAGGAUGGCACCAAGCCACCACUAGGAGCAUUUGAUCAAUUUCUAUUUAUUUAUUUUAUCAGUUUGCUAAUAAAUCCUCAAAACCAUCA